AUGAAUGCCUCGAUCACCUCAGCCCUGGCACCAAAAGAUCUCCGCCAUGAGUUGAAAAUGGGGAGGAGAAGGAGAACUCCUGAAAUAGAAGACACUCAAGAGAUAGUGGCUAAAAACAAAGAUCCUUGGGAAACACUGUUCGCGGAGCUCAACAAUAAGAUCCUAACGCUUGAAAAGAAUCAGCAGCCGUCGUCAGUUCCCACUGCUGUUCAAGCGAUGAUGGAAGAGACCAAGCCUCUCUUCAUCUCUGUGAUCAUGAGCGAGGUGAUGCCCCAGAGGUUCCGGACACCUCCCAUCAUCCAAUACUCUGGGUCUAGUGACCCAUCCGAACAUGUAGAGGCUUAUCGCUCACGGAUACAGAUCCAAACAGUGAAGGACGCGAUGAUGUGCAAAGGGUUUUCAAUCACACUCACGGGAUCCGCUCGGAGUUGGUACCGCCAGCUCAAACCCAACUCCGUUGGUUCCUUUGUGGAGCUUAGCCGAUCAUUCCUUACCCAAUUCAUAAGCGAUAAGAAGAGUCAGAAACCAAAUACUCACUUGUUCACCAUCAAACAAGAGCCAAAGGAAUCAUUGAAAGACUACAUCGCUCGUUUCAAUGAAGAAGCAUUACAGGUGGAGGACUAUGACGACAAGAUGACACUCUCUGCAGUGUUCAGUGGUCUAAAAGAGGGGAAGUUCACCUUCUCCAUUGGGAAGAAUCCUCCAAAGACAUUAGCCGAGCUCAUCACCAGAGCUCAGAAGUACGCUAACGCUGAGGAAUUCUCCAAUGCCCGCAAGAAUGUUCAAGCUAAUCCGGAUCAUCGAGACAAAUGCAAAUAUUACUGUUUCCAUCGAGAUCACGGCCAUAACACGGCCAACUGCGUGGAUCUCAAGGAUGAGAUUGAAGCCCUUAUUCGCAAGAGUCAUUUACAUCGGUAUACCAAGGAAGAGAGAACAUCUCAGAAAGAAGAGCGAGAGCAGCCGAAUAAAGCCCCAGAAGACCCAGCCGAAAUGCGCACCAUCUUCGGUGGCUCGUCCGAUGGAGGAGACUCAAACCGGGCUCAAAAAGCCCACUCUCGGAAGUCUAAUCCGGAACAUUACAUCCACAUGACAGAGCGGCCUAGCAAAGAACUCCAGGUCAGCCCAUGUAGUCUCACCUUCACGGAAGACGAUGCUUAUGGAAUCCAUCAUCCGCAGGAUGAUGCCCUAGUGGUUACUAUGACCAUAGCCAACCACAAGGUGUACCGCAUCUUAGUCGACACCGGAAGCUCAGCCGAUGUGAUCUACUCCGAGGCUUUCAAAAGAAUAGGGAUUCCAAGGUCACACCUCAGACUUGUGAAGACUCCCCUGCACGGCUUUACCGGAGAAAGGUAA